AUGUCAGCUCAGAACUCCGCGGGCAUCCAAACUCUCCUCGAUGCCGAGAGAGAGGCCCAGAAGAUUGUGCAGAAAGCUAGAGAAUACCGUACAAAGCGGAUAAAAGAUGCCAAGUCGGAGGCGCACAAGGAGAUAGAGGAAUACCGUCAGCAGAAGGAGGAAGAAUUUAAGAAGUUCGAGGGAGAGCACUCGAGCGGAUUCAAGAAGGCUGAAGAAGAUGCGACCAAGGAAGCCGAGGCAAGACUUGCAGAUAUCAAGACUGCUGGCAGCCAGCACGGCGACAAGGUGGUCGAUGGCCUUAUCCAUGGAGUGGUGGAUGUGAAGCCCGAACCCUCGGAGAAGAUCUUGGCCAGUGCAUAG